CUUCGCGGACUGUCUCCCGACUCGCCGGCUGAGAGCCCUUUUUGACUGCGAGCGGCGGUAGCGGAGCAGAGGCGGCGGCGCGGGACCUGCAGUCGCCCGGGAUUCCCUCCAGGUGACGAUGCUCUGGUUCUCCGGCGUCAGGGCUCUGGCUGAGCGUCCCUGCCGGCGCUCGCCCGGGAUUACCUGCUGCGUCUUGCUGCUGCUCAAUUGCUCGGGGCUCCCCAUGUCUCUGGCUUCCUCCUUCUUGACAGGUUCUGUUGCAAAGUGUGAAAAUGAAGGUGAAGUCCUCCAGAUUCCAUUUAUCACAGACAAUCCUUGUAUAAUGUGUGUCUGCUUGAACAAGGAAGUGACCUGUAAGAGAGAGAAGUGCCCUGUGCUGUCGAGAGACUGUGCCCUCGCCAUCAAGCAGAGGGGAGCCUGUUGUGAGCGGUGCAAAGGUUGCACCUAUGAAGGAAAUACCUAUAACAGCUCCUUCAGAUGGCAGAGUCCUGCACAACCCUGUGCUCUACGUCAGUGCCAGGAAGGUGUUGUCACAGAGUCUGAGCUGCGAUGUGUUGUGCAUUGUAAAAACCCUUCCAAGCAUCUGGGAACGUGCUGCCCCACCUGUCCAGGCUGUGUGUUUGAGGGUGUGCAGUACCGAGAAGGGGAGGAAUUUCAGCCAGAAGGAAACAAAUGUACCAGGUGUUCCUGUGUUGGAGGCAGGACACAGUGCGUGAGAGAAGUCUGUCCCAUUCUCUCCUGUCCUCAGCACCUUAGCCACACUCCCCCAGGACAGUGCUGCCCCAAAUGUUUGGGUCAGAGGAAAGUGUUUGACCUCCCAUUUGGAAGCUGCCUCUUUCGCAGUGACGUUUAUGACAAUGGAUCUUCAUUUCUCUACGAUAACUGCACUGCAUGCACCUGCCAGGACUCCACCGUGGUGUGUAAGAAGAAGUGCUCCCACCCUGGUGGCUGCAUCAGAGGCGAGGAGAUGUGUUGUGAAGAGUGCCUCCUGCGCAUGCCUCCGGAGGACAUCAAGGUGUGCAAGUUUGGCAACAAGAUUUUCCGGGAUGGAGAGAUGUGGUCCUCUGUUAACUGCACCAUCUGUGCUUGUGUGAAAGGCAAGACAGAGUGUCGAAAGAAGCAGUGUGUUCCCGUCAGCAGCUGCCCGCAGGGUAAAAUUCUCAACAGAAAAGGAUGCUGUCCUAUUUGCACUGAAAAGCCCGGCGUUUGCACGGUAUUCGGAGAUCCCCACUACAACACUUUUGACGGACGGACAUUUAACUUUCAGGGGACAUGUCAGUACGUUUUGACAAAAGACUGCUCCUCCCCUGCCUCGCCCUUCCAGGUGCUGGUGAAGAACGACGCACGCAGGACCCGCUCCUUCUCCUGGACCAAGUCGGUGGACCUGGUGCUGGGCGCCAGCACCGUCAGCCUCCAGCAGCACCUGACCGUGCGCUGGAACGGCUCGCGCAUCGCGCUGCCCUGCCAGGCGCCGCAGUUCCACAUCGACCUGGAUGGCUACCUCUUGAAAGUGACGACCAAAGCAGGUUUGGAAAUAUCCUGGGAUGGAGACAGUUUUGUUGAAGUAAUGGCUGCCCCGCAUCUCAAGGGCAAACUCUGUGGUCUUUGUGGCAACUACAAUGGACAUAAGCGUGAUGACUUAAUUGGUGGAGAUGGAAACUUCAAGUUUGAUGUGGAUGACUUUGCUGAGUCCUGGAGGGUAGAGUCCAAUGAGUUCUGCAACAGACCUCAGAGAAAACCAGUGCCUGAACUGUGUCAAGGGACGGUGAAGGUAAAGCUCCGAGCUCAUCGAGAAUGCCAGAAACUCAAAUCCUGGGAGUUUCAGACCUGCCACUCAACUGUGGACUAUGCCACUUUCUACCGGUCCUGCGUGACAGACAUGUGUGAAUGUCCAGUCCAUAAAAACUGUUACUGUGAGUCAUUCCUGGCAUAUACCCGGGCCUGCCAGAGAGAGGGCAUCAGUGUCCACUGGGAGCCUCAGCAGAACUGUGCAGCUACCCAGUGUAAGCACGGGGCUGUGUAUGAUACCUGUGGCCCAGGAUGUCCCAAGACUUGUGACAACUGGAAUGAGAUCGGUCCAUGCAAUAAGCCGUGCAUUGCAGGCUGCCACUGUCCAGCGAACUUGGUCCUUCACAAGGGAAGGUGCAUCAAGCCAGUCCUUUGUCCUCAGCGGUGACCUUUGUUCUGCUCCUAAGACUUUGAAACUUGGUGUCCUUGACACUGAAGUGGAAGAGCCAAUGAAGGACUGUAGUAUUUGUGUGCUGAUUCUUCACAUACACACACACAGAGUGUAUAUGUGUACAUAUAUAGAUAUAUAGAUAUAUUCAGAAACAUUUCAUCAUUUAUAUAAACUAUAGGUGGAUUAUUAUAUGUAUAUUUUUUGCUAUAAGACAUGUAUCAUUUCUAGGAUCCUAACCUGUAAGCCAUUGGAUACAUUGUAUAAAUAAACCAGGUGUUUGUAAUUUAAUAAGGCAGCAUGCAGACAUAUUGGAUGGCUUUAACGUCACACACAUUUGUCAUUUUUAAGAAGUUUUCUAAGAAACCUAAAUUGCCUGCCUGCAUUAAUUUUAGCUUUGAAUCAAGACUUGCAGUUGAGUGGAAAAUGUGUUUCUCUGAAGAAGGGCAAAGUUAUCUAGAGGCAUUUCAUGCUUCCAAGGAGAGGAAUGUGUGCCUGAGAGAGAUGGCUGGUGAUUGGUGACAGGCCCUAAUGGUGCAUGGAAAGCAAGGGAUAGGUUGUUAGACUUUAUUGGGUCGUAGUCCAAUAUUAUUUCUAAAACCGAUUGGCUAGUUGCCAAGAAAUAUAUUAUUUGUCAGUUGAGCAUAACCAAAGAAUUGAAUGGUUUCUUGCCAUCUUUGCAUAUUCCUUGAGUCACCUAAUUAUACAUGUGUGUAUGAUGGAUGUGUCCAUUUAUAUGUCACAGUGAGAUUAAAGAAUGGUUGGGUGACAUGUUGGUUUUAUUGAGCAUGAGCAGAUAUUUGGAGAAACUUUUGCACAACAUGUGAGAAAGUAGCCAUUUCUUUGAAUCUUAGAGCAAUUUAGGGUGGGCAAAUAUAAUGAGUUGAUGUAAGUCAUUUACAUUGUGUGACUAUUCUAUGUGUAAAAUGAAAAUCACUAAUUAUUUCUAGAGGAUUCCUAGCCCAGUGCUAUUUGGUGACUGUUAGUAUGUCAUAAUUGUUAUGCAGGAAAGCCUUUACUGACCAGUUGAUUUAACAUCAGGCCAAAUAAACCUGGUCUCUGUACUUGCUCUAAUUUACUGGUAAUUUACUACUGGUCAUCAUGUGAGCUUUCUGACUUUUCAGUUGAAUAAAUGAAAAUGUCAACAAGACAAAACCCACUGAUGUCUAAAAAUACUAUGUUCCACAGUGUAGUAAAUAAAGGGCUUAAUAUUUAAA